AUGUCCACAACCACCAUUCCUUCUAUGAGCACCAAUGAUGACGCUGCUGUGGGUUUGGAAAUCAAAGAGCAGGCUUUCCACUCAUCUCUCGUUGAAUCAGAAGAACAAAAAGACCCAUCAUCAUCAGACCAACCAACAACUACUACUACGACUACAACAAUGCCAUCAUCCGACGAGACUGCUACGACAAUGAAUCAAAACCCUCCAAACAAAACCACCACCACCACCACCACCACAACUACUGCUUCUACGUGUUCUACCCAGAAUGUGCAUCCUUCAAUGAACACUGUUGAGCCCAACAACAAAGUGGAAACUCUACCAACUCAAAGUCGACUCAGCACCGACAACAUCAGCAGCCACAGCAGUGCUGGUGGAGGAGAUGAUAUACUUUCUACAUGUGCAGAGGCUGAAUUCAUCUGUCAAUCUCCACAAAUACAGCAAAUGAAGAAGGAGUUUUCAGGUACCAGUCUGAUCGAUCACGCCACCACCGGCGUCGCUCAACCGCUCACAAAAGUCAACAGCGCCGGUGGAGUGAGCCAAAAAUCAGUUUCCAUUAAGAAGGUUACUUCCGCUAAUGAUGUCACGACUAAGGCCGAAUCUCAGAGUGUGAUUAUGGAAACUAGAACCAUUCUCUCAUUGCAAAGUAAAGCAACAAGCAAGACAUCCAAAUCUGAAGGAUUUGCGGUUUCGACUUGUUGUGGUACUGUGGAAUUGAAUUGCAUUCGAGUCUUGUCCAUUAUUGGUAUGCUUGUGAAUAUUGCUGCUUUUAUUGCUAUGGCUGUUGUGAUCAGUGUGGCCUUUCCAGUUUCUACUUCCAAUGAAGUUGAAUUGUUGAUUUUGAGAGCAGAUGCCAAUUUGUACAGUGAAGUUGCUGCAAGUUCUCUCAAAAUUGGAGUCUACAGUAAUAUUACAAACCCAUACAUUCCAAGAUGGCAAUCCACAAAAGCAAGAGCAACAUCUGCCAUUGCAGCCAUCGUGGAUGCAUUACCCGAAGACGUGUUUUUAAAAUUAUUGAACGGAAGUGCGUAUUUCAAUUCAUCCAGUAUUCCUGUGAAUCCGUAUGAACAAGUGGUGGUUGAUUUAUUGCUGGCUGGAAAACAAAAAGAUGCUAUCAAAUUGAUGGAAAGUAAGAAUUUCACAUCGACACAAUUGGCAUGGAAGAGUGUGGUGAGCAAUUUGCUUACCUAUGCCAAAGAGUUGGCAAGAAACAAGAAUGAUUAUUUAUUGACUGCGAGUUCUGUAAACUUGGGAUUGAUUGGUACCUCAGUGUUAUUUGUUGUUCCUAUUGUUUUGACAAUAUUCAUUCUUGCAAUCAAUAGAGAAGGAGCAUCACAAAAGAGACUCAAGAAGGCCAAUGCUAUCAUGUUAUUGGACACAAUGGCAGAUCCUUCACUUCGUCAACUAUUCAGAAAACAUUGUGAAUUAGAAAAAGCUGCCGAGUCUUUUGACUUUUUGGAAAAGGUUGCCAUGUACAAGGAGUUUUGCAAUCGAUCCUAUGAUCUUCAAGAACGUCUAUUUGAUCAAACCAACUCGUCUUCAUCUGGAGACAAAGAGAUGCAAGAUCAACCAAAGAAGAAGACAGCAUUAGAAGUAGAGCUUGAAGAUGUUGAAAAGAGAAAGUAUGAAGUUGCUUUUGAAAUAUUUACUGAAUUUGUUGAUGAACAUGGUGAAAAGGCUCUCAACAUCACUCGCACCUCGUGUGAAGAGGUCAAGACCAAGUUGGAUCAUUUCAAUACUGGUAAAAAUGAUCACCUUCCAGAUGAUCUUUUCGACAAGUUGCAAACAGAAAUUGCUAUUGUCAUGUUAGACAUUCACCAGAGAUUCAAAACCACACUUGCCUUCCAAAAGAAGAUGAAAAUUGCUGACAUUAGAAAAAAGAGAAUGAAUUAA